AUGGAUAGCGGUUCUGAUAACGAUUUGGUGUUGCACACACUAUUGUCUGCGGCACAAGACGUGAUUCGUGAGAGAGGCGAAACUUCACACCGUGAGAAGAAACAUAGAAAAUAUAUCAAUCGGGAUCGAGAGGCGGCACAUGAACUUUUGGUAUGUGAUUAUUUUGUCACUGAUAGUCUUUAUGACCUAUCGAAAUUCAAAGAACGUUUUCGUAUUAGUAGAAAUUUAUUUUUACGUAUAGCUUUAGAUUUGAAACGUAAUUAUGAGUUUUUCCAAUUACGAUGGGAUGCUAGAGGUAAACGUGGUUUUACCACAAUACAAAAAUGUACGACCGCUCUUAGACAAUUGGGAUAUGGUAUAACCGCAGACGCAUCAGAUGAGUAUCUGAAAAUGUCUGAGAGGACGGGUCGAGAUUGUAUAUAUCUUUUCUGUGAGUAUGUUAUAGAGCUUUACCGUGACAUAUACUUGUGA